GAAUGGAUGGAUGGGUCAACAAAACAAAAAUAAAUUUUUUGUUAUUUUCGCAUUAUCAGUCAGUCAUUCAGACACUUCUUCCAAGUUCAAAACGUAACGGAGACUGAUUACAAAUUUAUUUGUCGUUUCGUUUAAUACAAUUUAUAAAAAUAAAAAUUAUAUUUUUUAAAAAAAGAAAUACAUACCUAGUUAUUCUAAAAUAUAAAUAUUAAUUUAAAUGACUCUCCCUUUUUGUUAAGUAUUUUUUAAAUAAUAUUCUAAUUACUUGGUUUUUUUGGGGGAAAUUACGAAAACGUCAGUGUAAACGUCAAAUUGAAAAGCGGGUUUUUUUUUUGUGUCGUAAAAAAUAUAGAAAAUAAAAUUAAACAAAUUUUUUUAACAGCUGCUUUAGCAACAAAAAAAAAAAGAAGUGUUGGUGCCAUUAAAAUAUAAAUAUAAAAAAAAAUUCCAAAUUAUUUAAAUAAAUAUACACACAAGCAAUUAAACAAAAAUACCACUAUUAUAACAACAACAACAAUAAUAUAUAAAUAAAUUGUAUAAUUAAUAGAAAAUUAUUGCAAUUAAUUUGCAAACAAAAACCACUAAAUAAAAACAUUAACGACCAGUCUUCGUUUAAAUGGCUGCUAGUUAGUUGACUGCGAUUAGCAAAUCGUUUAAAAAAACACACAAUCUCAAUCACACACAUGCAAUAAUUAUUAACUUGAUCAAAAAAAACAAAAACAAAAAACUCAGAAACCAGACAAGACACCUCUGCCAAAAAAUCGGCCAGAGUUAGUUUAACCAAAAAAAAGUAAAACAUUUCCAUAGAUUAUUGCCAAAAAAGACCAACAAUCAAGUCAUCAUCAUCUCUGUAUCAUCAAUAUCAGCCAGCAACACCAGUGUGUGUUUUUAUUUUCUUGUACCCCGCUCGUUUGUCAACAACAAACCCACAUUUCAGUUGAGACAUGGCGCAAUUUUUAACACUUUUGCCAGUUCUUCUUCUACUUGUUGCUGUCUUCAAUCCGUCUGUCCCAGUAGUCAAAUGUAUAAUGAAAGACGUGAUCGAGCUCCCUAUAUAGAGUCUAGCGAACAUAGUCCACAAUACUUGCGCGACUCAGAUGGGCCAAAUGGAAGUCGAUUAAGAAAAGCACCCUCCUACAAGGACAACCAUGCCAACUAUCGAAGUCAGGAACAAUUGUCCGCGUCACCACCAGCAUCAUACGGCCACCAUCCUGCCAAAACCAAUGGACAGGACGACACAGAUUCCAUAGUGGAUAAAAAUAUACGUAGUGUGUUUUCAACUAAUUUUGGAUCAGGUUUAUAUUUAUUUAAAAAUACAGUACCAUUUGUCAAUCAACCCCAUUUCAAUUCAUAUGCUGAUCAAAUGAUUGGCGAUCAACCAGAUCCAUACGCACCCCCAUCCUCGACAUCAUCUAGUGAUAAGGAGUUCUUUAAAGUUCAAAGAAGUCCAAAUGGAAAAUUGAGUCUUGUCUAUAAUGAAGAUUUUGUACCGCAAGAGGAAACGGAUAUCAAUAAAACCAAUAAUACUGCUGAUAAUCAGAGUAGUAGCUCGCAUAACGAAAGUUUCGAAAAUAGAUUUCAAACUCAUUUUCCCGGUGGACUUCCUUUGAAGAAAGACAAAAUUGAAACAUCACCAUCAAAUGUGGAUCAUACUCUUAGCAAAGAUAGUGUAGUGCACUUUCCCACCGAAGAACCCGAACCGGAGAGGACUGUGGCAAAAAGAAAGGAACCAGUGGAUACCAAUGAUUGCGUUGAAAAGGAUGGUGCCACCAAUGGCAAGCCAUUCUGUACUCAGCUGCGCAAUUAUCCGGAAAAGUCACAUUUGGAACAGAUAAUCAAGCAAAGAUUCUCCAAUCUGGAAUCGUUCUUUGGCGAGGAUUUAGUUCUGCCACAAAAUAUAAGUCAACGCAUGAACAAUGAGCCCAAUGAAGAGUUUCUGUGUAAGAGUCGCGUUAGAGUCAUUUAUCCACAGGCUGGUGUCGAUAGGGAAUACAAUUGGCUGGUUAUUGUGAAUAUACCAAAAUAUAAACAGGGUAUACGUAUAGAGGAAUGCAUUAAUGAGGGCUCCACCUGUGGCGAAAACACUGGCCUAAGUUUACCCAAUCGUUAUAAGGCAACGUGUAAACAAAGUUACAUCUAUCGUUCCUUAGUGGCCUAUACAAGUGAUGAUACCGUUAUAAAGGAACAAUUUAAAAUGCCAUCCUGUUGUAAAUGUGUUCUAAGAACGGAUCCCUAAAAUAGUUCUUCAGCUCACUCAGGCAAACAGGAAAAUGUUGCUGUUUAUGUUUCUUUUUUUUUAUUCGAACUCAAAUUGUGAUUUAAUAAACCCCAAACAAACACUCACAGGAUGGAUGGCAGGCCAAACUGUCCAUUACUUUAGAUCUUUAAAAUAAAAUUUAGUUUAAAAUAAAUUUUUGUAGUGAUUCUCAAAAUUCUGAAUCAUACAAUUUGUUAAAAAUAUACAUACAAUAAUUUAAUAAAAACAAUUUUGACAAACUGCUUAGUUGGUAUAUCUAA